AUGGCAAAGCAUAAUUUUUCGCCCGAGCUCCUGCCAAGGGGUGAAGGAUUCAGCGUUGAGUAUUUGGACUUUAACUCGCCAGCAAAAAAGCGACGCAACAUUUCUCUGGCCUGUAUCGAGUGUCGGGAAAAGAAAUGCUCUGGAACCACCCCAUGCACAACAUGUGUAACCGAAGGUCGCCAGUGCUUGUAUGAUCUAGCCAGUGAUCGGAGACGCAAGGCUCAUACCGCCGAGCUUUUAAACUUCCGUGAUGCCCUUUACCGAAUGACUGCCAAGCUACACUCUGGAACGCCGGAGAAGAUAUCAUUUUUGAUUCAGGAGAUUCAAAAGCUGCCAACAGACCAAGACGCUGUUAAUUAUCUUGUUCACGGAUACUGA